UAACAAGUAAGGCAUACUAUAAACAGUGCUAUAAAGUCAUUUGACAUAUACAAACUUAUAACUUAUAACUGCUUAUAAGCAUUAUAACAUUUUGAAAAUGAGUGGCUCGAAAGAAGAGUUGUUAGAAAUGGUAAAAAUUACAUCGCCCAUUAAAAAUAAACUACGACAGUUUUCGAAAAAUAAGAGUAAAAUAUCAUCACCGCCUUUUAUGUCACCUAUUCACCCCAGCUCGGGUGAUAAAGAUGUAUCAGAGGUUGUAUCUUUAUUUUCCGUUAAAAAAGCGUCUAAGAUAUCGGAAUUUAUUGAUCAGAGUGAUACAAUAUCCGAAUUGUCAAAUGAUGUAUUUUCUGAAGCUUCUGGGAGUACAAAGAAAAAAGAAAUGAUAUUAGAUAAACUGAAACAUGUUAAGUCUUCUGUUAAUCAGAUAUAUAAGGAUAAUACUGAGAUUAAUAAAAAUAUCCAAUCUAUGAGAAAUAAAUAUCCUUCUCGUAAUAAAACCACUGAAACAGUAGGUUUUUUUGUAUCUGAAUUAGAGAAUAAUAUUAACACUAAAACUGACCAACAUUUAAAUGAAAAUCAUGAUAAAUUAACACACUUUGCCAAGCCCAAAAAUCUCAAACCAUUGAUAAAUAUUUCUGAGAGUUUUAUACAUUUUAUAACAGAUAACAAUCCUGUAUUUAUAAUCAGUAAAAUUGAUGAACCAGAAUCUAGAAAUUUAGAAGAAGAAGGUCUGUAUAUUCAUACUAAUUCGCAGACUCCUAAAAUAUAUCUUAAUAUCCUAGAAAAACGCUUGUAUUCUGAAAAUGACAGGAAAUGGUUUAAUUGUGAUGGUAGUUUACUAAUUUUACCCAGCCCACAAAUACAUCAUUCAGUAAAACCUUAUUUAAAGCUGAAAAAUGGCGAAGGAUUGUAUUAUAAAUACUGCGACCAUGAUAUUAACAUGGAAGAAGUAUUAAUAAUACCGGAAAAUAUAUUAGAACUUUCGUUAUCCCAUGUUAAGUUUUUCCACCAUCCGUUGUUCAGCUUAGAACAUAUUUUAGAACAAGCUUUAUACAAGGCAUUUAAAAAAUAUGCAAAUUUUACCAGCACAAAUAAAAUACAGAAAUUAAAAAAUCAACUGGAGGCCUUGAAGCAUGCCAGGUGUCAGAACGAUAGUGAACAUUUCUCAAUAAAAGUGGUAGAAAACCUAAGAGAAAAUUUAUUUAAAGAAGGCAAAAACCAAAGAGAGAAUUUAAAAUUAAUACUCAAUAUUUGGCGAGGUAUAAAAAGUCUCAGAGAACAACAAGGCUAUUCAACUACUAGUGUGAAGCUUUUAAUCAAAAAAGAAUCAGUAAAUUUUACAUUAGAAAAUGAGGAGCAUGAGAAAUAUUUUUCGGAGAUGUUAAGAGAUGUUUUGGAUGAACAUAAAAUGAAUUUUCAGCAGAAAAUGAAAAAAUACAAUCGAAGUUUGCGAACCCGUGAUAUAUCCGAGAGCGAGGACAUUGAGGAGACCAUUUUAGGACAACCAAUUUAUGACACCAAGAAGAAAAAAAUUGAAAAAGAUUUGAGAAAGAAAUUCGAAGAAAGCUUUAAACCACCAGGCGAACCCAAUGUAUCGUUGUUUUUAAAUAACGACAACGAAACAUCCAACAUCGGCGAAGAAUCAGAAAACGCAAGAAAAAAAGUGGUAUCAUCCACGAAAUUUUGGGUAAAGAUUUAUUGUAAGGGCAUCCUGGUUUGCAAAACUAAACCCGUCAGUUUAGACGAUCGAUUUUACUUGGAUAUAAACGAAAUUUUUACUCUUCAAUUAAGUGAUAUUCCGAAAUUUUUAACAAUUCAAAUUAUAGAGCAACCCAAAGGUUUGCUAAAAAAGAAGAUCUGCGAUAUGAACUUAGAAGUGCCAAAUUUAAGUAGCAAUGGUAGAAGUUUGAAAUUGGUCGAAGCAUAUUUUGAAAAAAGCGAAAUUGUCCAUUACAAACAUGCUGGUGUUGGGAGCGGCUGUAGAUUUAAAAAAGUUGCAACCGAUGUUGGAAUCUCCUUUGAUAUGGACAUUGACGCAGAAUUAAAUACCAAGGGAUGUUUAACUUAUGGUUUUCGAUGGAAAAAUGCUACAGUCGAGAAUAUCGAUACAAAUGGAGCUCUUCAACCAGAUAUUCCUAAUAUUUUGAACAAAUGGGGCGCAAUUGAUAGAAAACAAUUGGAAUAUUGGCUAGAAGGUGAAAAACCUGAUCCACAAGAUCCAAAAAAUUCGCCCUUUUUUGAAUAUUUGAAUCAAAACGACUUUGAGACGUUCGAUGCUGACAUUUUCAGACUGAACCCCUAUGCAGCGGAAGUUAAUAAACUCUGUAAUGUGUCUGAAUUGGAUCGUAAUUUGCGAUUGCAAUGCUUGAAACUAAGAGACAGAAAUGAAAUAGAGUUUGAUGGUAUGAUGGUUCCAAAUAGGGCUAGAGAGAUCUCACUGGGGCCUCUGAAGGACUACAAGAGACGAAAGGCUUUGGACGCAAUAGACGAUGAUGAUGUAAUCGAAGACUAUACAAAGGGAAAACGGAAGUUGAAACAGAUGUACACAAAAAUCUUUUACUUAUGCAAAGGAUCGAGGAAUAAUCUCAGUUACGAAAGCGUGGUAAACGAAAAAUAUCUUUUUUAUUUAGAGGAAAUUGUUAAACGAUCAAUAAACAAUUUUUUUAAUUGGUUCCGGUUGACUCCGAUUUUGAAUAAACCACUGCCUAAAGUACAGGAAGUGAUGCAAGUUGAUGAUACUCCUGAGAGACAUUGCAAAAUAUUUGUGAAAAUAUUCACUGCUAAAAAUUUACCUAAACGAAAAAGUGUAGAUGAGACAAUUAGACCAUUUUUAGAAAUAAGCCAUGAGGAUUACAUAGUGAAAACUAAUGUUGGAUCAGGAUGCAAUCCUCUAUGGAAUGAAUUGGUAGAACUGCCAGUGAAAAGUCAUCACAUGGAUUAUUUAAAUCCUAACGCUUUGAAUACUACAAUAUCUAUAAAAGUAUUUGACUGGAUAGCUUCUUCUGACACUGAUGAUAAGGAGGAUAUAACGUUUUGGUUAGGAGAUAUAAAUAUUCCUAUAUCUGCCCUUACUACAGGUUUGAAUAUGCAGGGUUGGUUUGAAAUAAAAAGGCCCAACUUAAUAUACGGGUAUGAAUUUGUGGAAGAACAAACUCAAAGAUCGCCAAGGCAUAUUUCUGGAUUAAGUGGCACUUAUCUUCAAUUAAAUCUGAGUAUAAGUCCUAGUGUUCCUUUAUUAGAACCUAACAUGGAUGAGCUUCCUUGUAAUGAAGUACCAUUCAUUAAAAAUCAUAUACUACGAUGGAAUAAUGCUUUCAAUAACAAUUUUCCUUUAAAUAAAUUUAAUGCUCUUUCGAUAGGUAUUAAUAAAAGAACGCACUGUAUUACCAGGUAUAUCAAACCCUUGGAGCCACCUCAAACAGACAUGGAAAUUUUUGAAAUAACCACCGAACAGUGUCUGAACUAUGUGUCCUUAAUACCAUGUAUGGAAGUUAAUAAAUUUUAUCAGAAUGUGUGGCAAACUACAGAUGAAAUGCUAAACACAAUGGUAGGAUCAGUCAUAGAUCACUGCAUAGCCCUUACGUGUUUUCUCUUAGCUCUGAAACAAGAAGUUUGGUUGCUUUUAGGUUUUGGUAUACCCCAUGGCGUGACUGCGUAUGUCCUGAUUUGUGAAUAUGACAGAAGCUCUAAAGCCCUAACUUAUUCAAUCCUAGACGUUGUUAAUAAUAAAAAAUAUAGUUUGUUGGAUCCCUAUUGUCCUUUACAGAGAGUUUUUUGUUUGGCGAACGAGACAAAUGUAUGGGGUAACACUCAGAGAAGCGAUAAUCCGGCUCUUUUAAGAUUUGAUUUAAGCAGUAACUCGGAUUGGUGGCCACUUUUUGACAAAGAUACUUUUGCACCAGCCAUUUCAAUUAACAAAUUAAAUUUUAUAUCUUUAAUCGAAGAUACAUACAGUAUCGAAAGGCAAUUAGAGAGAAAAUUAAAAAAGAAGAUUGCAAAAUGGAGACCUGGAAAUAGAACAAUUUUCAAUCAUAGGGUAUCUGAAUCUCUAAAAGAAGCGUUAAAAUCACUUGAGCACUCUGUGAUGAAUGGCAAAAGCACAACUGAAUCCAUUUUUGAAAUCAGCAAAGCCCUUUCACAUUAUUUGGUAAAAGGGUUUUGCAUUAACAUACCCUUCACCAGUAUAUCAUUUAUAACUAAAUGGAUAAAGCGAACAUGUGUUCAUAAUCAGUUACAAGAAGUUAAAGAAUUUGCUUUAGCAGUGGCUGUUCAAAACUAUCCAGGAAAUGUAUUGUCCCUUUGGAUAUUAUUUGCUACCCUCUUAGAUACAUCUGAUUAGAAUUUAUUGAUAUUGAAACAUUCUAAAGCGAAUCAACAAAAAUCCAUGGUGAAUGCAAGUCAAGUCAUUUCAAUUUUUUUCUUGUCGCCCUUAUGAAUUGUUAUUUAAAUUUUCUAAUAGAGUAAAUUAAGACAAAACCAAAUAUUAUAUAUUCUAACUACUAUAAUUAAGAAACCAAAAUGUUUUAUAUUUUAUAAAUAUCUUAGGUAACAAAUCUACAUGCCUGUUUUCGACCUUUUCAUUUUAAAUAGCAAAUAAAUUUGAUCAAACUUUUAA